ACGGUUCGAAUUCUAAGCGAGAAGGGAUUUUUACGGAGAAAAUGUUUAACGUGAAAAAUCGAGUUAGAAUGAAAUCGUGUACAAGUAUAUGGUUAUGGCUCGCAGUUUUGUUGUUUUCAGUUCAAUCUUUGGGAUCUGAGAGGACUGACGUGGCAUACGUGACUCUAUUGUACGGAGAUGAAUUCUUGUUGGGCAUUCGAGUUCUGGGAAAAUCUAUACGGGACACUGGAUCCAACAAAGACAUGGUCGUUUUGGUCUCUGAUGGUGUCUCUGAUUAUGCCAAUAAUGUUCUCGAGGCUGAUGGGUGGAUAAUUGAGAAGAUUAGUUUGCUGGCCAAUCCUAAUCAAGUACGUCCAACGAGAUUUUGGGGUGUCUAUACAAAGCUCAAAAUAUUUAACAUGACUGACUACAAGAAAGUUGUUUAUCUGGAUGCUGACACUAUUGUGGUUAAGAAUAUUGAAGACCUAUUCAAAUGUGGGAAAUUCUGUGCUAAUUUAAAACAUUCUGAGAGGUUGAAUUCAGGAGUCAUGGUGGUCCAGCCAUCUGCUGCCGUUUUCAAUGACAUGAUGAGUAAAGUAAACACUCUGCCAUCUUACACUGGAGGGGAUCAGGGAUUUCUCAAUUCAUAUUACUCUGGAUUUCCCAACGCACAUAUUUUUGAGCCAAAUUUGACCCCCGAAAUGUUGGAAAAUAGACCAGUUCCUGAAAUGGAGCGACUUUCCACUCUUUAUAAUGCAGAUGUUGGUCUUUACAUGCUGGCUAACAAGUGGAUGGUAGAUGAGAAUGAACUCCGCGUGAUUCACUAUACACUUGGCCCUCUUAAACCUUGGGACUGGUGGACAUCUUGGCUAGUGAAACCUGUUGAUGUCUGGCAGAAUGUAAGGGAACAACUGCAGGAAUCCCUUCCUGGAACUAAAGGGGGCCAAAAUCCUAAAGAUUAUUUUCUUGUAAACUUUCUUUUUCUGUUACCAUUUUGUGCUGUGCUGUUCUUCAGCUAUCGUUCAUUUCUAAAGAAUCAAGGGUACUAUGGUUCCUGUUAUAGAAACUCACGUGAUCAUAUCAGACAACUUUAUUACAGGAUUAAAUCAGGCGGGCCAAUUGUAUAUGCUCCUAUUUCUUCCUCAACUAUCAGUUCCACUCAUCAGCUCAUAGAAGGUGCUCAGAACAAGGUGCCUGCAUAUUUGGACAUUAUUUCUGUCUGUGUCUGUUUGUUGGCUGCCGUGGCGUCUCUUGGACUAGCUUUCUUGAUAGUACCUCGGCAAGUGGCUCCAUGGACUGGUUUUCUUUUGGUUUAUGAAUGGAUAUUCACAAUCUUCAUUACAUUAUUUGGGAGUUAUCUCAAUUUGAUUUAUCAAUGGGGAAAAAUUAUGGCAUCCCAUACGCCUUCCUCGUUUACUCAUCCCGAAUCUUCUGAUGAGGAUUCUGGAAAAGGUCACCAGCGUCAGAUGUCAUCAUGUAAUGCUGCUACGUGGUUCUAUGGUUUAGGGAUGGCCCUCUUGGCCAUUGCUGCUCCCUGUUUGCCUUUUAUUUUUGGGAUCACUGCAUUGUUUUUACGGUUAGGUUUGAUGGUUGUCGGGGGCGUAAUAUUAGUAUCUUUCAUGACAUACUCUUCGGAACAUCUUGCUAUCAGAUCAUUUGUGAAAGGGUUUGAAGAGAGGGAUGUCGCACGCAAUGCAAGCUUCUGCUGUUGAUUGAAUUCUUUGAGGACUUGGAUACGUUGCCAUACACCGACCCUCACAUUUUAUCUGAGCUUGGACUGCUCAUGCAAAAAUUACAACAAAGCGUGGCAUUGCGCUGAAGAAAUUCUUAGGAAAACCUCUAAGUUUGGUUUUUGAUAAAACCAAAAAACUUUUUAAUCAACUGGUAGUGUGAUUGUUAUUGUAUUCAUCUAGCUUAUCUAAUAUUUGAGAGUUAGUGUGGUUAUUAUUGUAUUCAACCAACGGGAAGCAUUUUUUGACAGCUACCCUAUAGUCCUAUAGUUGAACACAAUAAUAACGGGUAGCGUUGUUCCCUUGACAAAUGUAAAACUAAUUUUGUCAACUUAGCAUAAUGUAUUUUUCCUAGUUAUCAUAAUUGCAUUGCUUCAUUAGUCUUCUUUUAAGAGAUUAGGUGGCUCCUUCAAGAGUACAAUCUAGUCUCAAAUAAGAUAAACAUUUUUUUAAGAAAAACCUGCUUGUGUAGUUGCUUGGGAAAUGACUACAAAAAAAAAAGAGUAAACAAGUUGGCAUAUGU